AUGCUGGCCGUACGGCUGCCCGCCCAGCGGGCGCAGUGCUGGGCGCUCUGCGGGCAGCGCCGCGCCAAAUUCACCUACGGGCCGAAGCGUCCUCGGGAGCCGCUGCCCCGCACCCCGUGGACGGUGCGCGGGCCGCCGCCGGGCGCGCCGUUGCCUUGGUACUUACGCAAAGUGCCUCCGGUGCGGGAGCAGCUUCCCGAGCUGGACGUGGUGACGUACGAGGGCAAGCUGCACCGCGUGCCUUGGCUGGCCAAGCCUCGUCACCCCAAGUGGGAGCGCGGGUGGCACGACCCCUGGCACGACGGCGGCCCCCGCCUGGAGGAGAUGCCCACUUACAAGCAGCGGCCCUGCUACGUCUUCCACCAGCGGACUCGCGUGCUGGAAGGUGAGGGCUGCCUGCGGGGCCCGCGCUGACCGAGGCUGGUGGGCGGGGAAGGCCGGCCAGGCUCGGGUGCUUCGUGUCAGGAUGGCUUGGGCUCGGAGGGAGUCCUCGAGUGCAGGCGUCCUGAAUAGGGGAGGGAGGGGGCGGUGAAAGGAAGAGGUUGGUGCCUGCGAAGUGACAAGCUGAGCUUGGGUUAUGCAGAUCAGGCAUUAUUAAUGGCAUGGACACCCCAGUCCUGCAGCUUAGAAAAGGCUCUCCGAGUGGCUGACGAAAAAGACAGUCUCAGAUUAAAAACAGGCAUGCAGCAACAGCACGUGAGGGGAAAGGGAGCUUGUGUACAAGUUUUUGAAGGUCCUGUUCUUAAUGGCACAGUUCUAUAGCUCUCCCGUUAUGGAGAUUUUGGCUUCCUAGGAGAGCAGCUGUCUCCUCGCUGAUGUGGCACUGCUAGCAGUCUUGCUCUUGCUAAAGAGCAGGCCUUUCCCAGAAGCACUCCACAUCGGAGCAGAGCAGGUGACAGUGGCCAGCCUAGGAGGCUAGCACAGUCACAUGGUUCUUCUCUCAGGCAGCUGGCCCAGUGUAAAAUUAUUUAAUAAAUUUGUUCCUUGCUUUAUCUUGCCCAGCAUCGUAAUCGUUAUUUGCAAAGAAAAGCCCAGUAUUGGAAAGUAUAAAUACUGUUAAAGAUGGUAGUUAUAAGAAAGCGGGAACUGCAAAUUAAUGGACACAAACUUGUUGGGCCACAUUGUGCCAACUUAUCUAUACUUGUCCAGGUUUUGUUAAGCAAUUAACUGCAAUGCAUGCAGCAUUUAUAAGGUGGUCUAGGUUUUCUGCUCCAUUUUGUCUCUAGAAUAGCUCCCCCCCCCCCGCUCCAAAUCUUAAAAAGAAUGGUGGAAAAGUCCUUGUUCUUGUGUAAGAGUGAUUGAAGUGCAAGGUGCAGUACUAAAGAUGCUCACUGGUAAUAUAUUAUUUUACUUGAAGGUGUAAAGCAAGCAUUGUGGCUAACCAAGACAAAGCUGACACAAGGUUUACCUCCGCGAAUACUUAGCAUAAUCAAUGACCCAGCUAAUCAAUGUGAAAACCAGGAUGAAAGAGUCCAGAAUGCCAUUUAUCAUGCACGCCUAUGGGGUAGCAGUGAGGAGGAUAUACCUAGAGAAACCUAUUGGUAAGUCUUUGGCUCAAGUUUCCUUUUUUGUUGUUCCAUUGUUUGGGAUCAUUUCUGAAAUUGUCAUAACAGCCUAUAUAUUUUAUUCUUUCAGUAAGGCAGUUAGCAAACAGUGUGGUGACAAAUACAGCAGAACUAAUAGCCUGGAUCAGUUUAUGCCUCCUUGCAGAGCAGUGAUUCAUGCAGAGAUACAGGCAGUUAGUUUUUCAUACACCCUAAAAAGUCAACUUUUGGGGCUGUAAGAAUCAAAUGUGCUGUCCAGUUUUAAUUCAGAAAAAGCAUGCUUUCACUAUCAAGUGUUUGGGGAACUGUCCUGAGAUGUUCCAUGUAGACUGAUUCUGUACUCUUGGCCUUUGUAUGUGUUUAAAUUAAAAACUAGGAAGUUUACUUUUUUAUUACUGCACCUCAGAUGUGUGUGAGGUGUUCUACAGAGUACAUAAGGACAGGUUUCUGCCCUAUUUAGCUUACAGUCAAAAAUCUGACAUGGGGAAGCAACAGAGGAAGGGGAGACAGGAAUGGAUGAUGAUUUUGGUUGCAUGCAGUUGGGUUUGUUACAGUUAAGCAUUGAGGGGGUUGUGCCAAAGGCUUCAUAGAAAAUCUGUGUAUUAAGGAGGGAUUUGAAGAAUAAUUACUUCUGCACCUUUGUUCUGAAUGAGAACAGCUUAUGGAUAAGGUUGUGUAUGUUCUUUGAUUCUGUAUAAGUGCAGAAUUCACUUUAGAAUCUUGACAUGUAUUUAAAAUUAGUUUCUAGUGACUGGCUAAGAAAGAUUGAGGAAUGACUGCUAAAACAUUCAGAAUCUAUAGGGCAGUAGUGUAGGUUAUUAACCAUACUUAAGGACAUAAGAAGAUCACACCCAAAACCCAACUAGUCCAAUGUCCUGCUAUUUACUCUGGCCAAUCAGAUGCCUCUGGGAAGCUCACAAACUCAGCAUAAAGGGAAUGCUACUCCCUCAGCAACUAGCUUUGGAGGUACAUUGGCUAUGAAUCAGGAGGUUUUCUUAAGCCAGUGGUUGGCUUAAGACUGAGUUUAGCCUCUCCAUUUACUUGUCCUAUUGGUCAGUAAAGAUGUGACUGUGCCAAAAAAGGGGGUUGCAGGCUCUACUGAUUUUCAUCAUUGGCAGCUCCUGCAAAGCCUGUGUGGCUCUUUUCAAGUUUCAGCAAGCAGCUGAUCUUAGGUGCUUGCAGAGGCCCAUUUAAAGACCACUGGUUCUGUGCAAGCACAUCUGAUCACCAGUGCAUGCAGAGAGCAUGGUGGAUCAUUGGGGCUUCAAAGUGCUGCCACUGCUCCUGCCUGUCAAAUUUGGUGAUUGGAGGGGUGGGGGAGAUAGGGAUCUAGCCUUCUUGCCUUGCCUUGCCAAUAGCUGCUGAUAGAUCUAACCUAGCCUUCAUUAAUUUGGCUAGUGGUCUUAAUGGCAAUGGAUUCCAUAAAUAAAUUACCGCCUGUAAGAAGAAUUACUGUUUUGAACCUACUGCUGAUAAAUAUUUAAUAAUAAAAAUUAACUCUUUCCACCUGCAUUCGCACCUCCAGUCAUAGCCCAUGACUAGAAGUAGAAUAAAUUAUUCAAAAGGAGACUUGCCAUAGAAUUUGGGUUACCUUUUGCACAGAACUAUUUUAAUGUAGCUCUGCUUAUGCCUUUGCACAAUAUUGUUUCCAGAUGAUUGCCGGUACACUGAUUGGCUUAAUUAUUGAUUCCUGGCAUUCUUAAUAAUGAAUACCUGGUGUACUAUCCUAUGUAUAAUUAACUGUAACUAUAAUUUGAAGUUGUGUUAAGGCAUUUGGCUGAACACAUGAAUGGUCUUCAGUGUAUUUGCCUGCAUAGCACUCCCCCUAGUCCCUGACCAUUAACGUGUUCAAGUACAGGGAAUUUCCACUCACGUGCAAGUGAGGGCGAGUAGGAGCCUGCUGCAGACCUUACAGCUCAACGUGGGUGGUUGGGAACAGUGUUAGAAACUCAGAUACAUAAGCUAGGCACCAAAUGACUCCUUAAACCAGCGUUCCGUUUGCCAAAACGGAAUGUCUAGUUGCCAUUUGGGGGCCAGAUGACUCAAAAGUUGUAUUUUUCAAUACAACUUUUUGGUUUCUGAAAUUCAUUCUGAUUGUGCAGAUAAAAUAUAAUGGGUAGAAUUCUACAGGAUAUGUUGCUAGUGUGUGAAAACAGUCCAGAUCCAAGGAUCCCCAGGCAUCCACCGCCAGAUGAGGGAGAUGUCUGGGCACCAGGAUGGCACCUGACAUCUUCACUUAGUCACAAGUGGCCAAUAGUCAGGUGCAAAAUACACAUAGCAAAUUCUGAACACUGGUUGGAAACAUAGUGUAAAGUGUAACACACAUUUGAGCUUGAACAUGCCUUUAGCCAUUGCAAAUGCUAUAAUACAGUGGUACCUCGCAAGACAAAUGCCUCUCAAGACGAAAAAGUUUUUCGUUUUUUGAGUUGCUUCGCGAGACGAAUUUCCCUAUGGGCUUGCUUCGCAAGACGGAAACAUCUUGCAAGUUUCCUUUUUCUUAAAACCGUUACAGUAAUACAGGGUGCAUUGCUUGAAGAGGUGCAGUUGCGACUUGACUUCGGGGAGCAACUCAUAGCACGCGGUGUGGUAGCCUUUUUUGAGGUUUUUGAAGAUUUUUUUGAAAAAAUUGAAACCGUGCUUCGCAAGACGAAAAAACUCACGGAAUGAAUUAAUUUCGUCUUGCGAGGCACCACUGUAUUUACAAACUAAUGUCCAUGAAAAUUCUGCUAUGUAAUAAUUUGUGAUUUGGGCACUGUCAGUAAAUUAGGUUUUUUUUGUUUUGUUCUGAAGCCCUGUACUUUUAGAAGACUUGCUUCACUUAUGCAGGACGAUGACAGCCAAAUUCCCCUUAUUGGGUAAAAGAAUGUUUGCUCAAGACUACAGAGUGGCAGCUGCAUGGGAACGAGGUAUGUCUCUUUAUCCAAGUAAAAUUGUCUAAAAGAGCACUUCUCCCUGUACUGUCCACCAUAUUGCCUUAAGGUCAGCAGGAGAAGCCCUGCUUAUGGCCACACCCCUGUGAGAUGCUGGGAGGGUGGUGGGACAGGGCAGUGGUGGCUCCUCCGUGGGGAAAUAUGGUCAGCCCUCACCAUUAAGAAAUAAAUGCAUAUGAUCUGUUUGCUCUGAAGCUUAUGGAAUUUUAUUGGUGAUUUUUAUUUAUUUAUUAUUUGGAUUCUGUUUGCAGUUUUUAUGUAUCCAUCCUUUUUUGUAAGCCAUCUUGGGAUCCAGAUUGGAGGAAAUGUGUAGGAUUCUAACAAACAAGUCAAAAUAAGUAUUUUGUUUAUAAGGAAGAUUCUGUAAAAAGAUUAUAAGGUUCACAGCUUAGCAUCAGAAAAAGUGCCCUUGAGGUAAAAUCACAAGAUCCUCUAUGUCAUGAACCUUUUUCUGUAGGUUAAUAAAAAGGGAGUAAGUAGAAAGAUAGAGAAAAUCCCAUAGAGCUAAUUCCCAUCAUCCCCCACUGUUGGCCAGUCUGGUUGGGAACUGAUCGGAGUCCUGACAACAUCUGGCAGGUCACAAGUUUCCUACCCCUACUAUAGAGCCAGUGUUGUACAAGUAACAUUAUUUGUUAGAGCUGUGCUGCUGUAACGAAACGGCUUUUAUAGCUCUCCUGAAAUUAGAGGGGACUGUUCUUUACUGUAAACUUGCAAAAUGUGCACAUUUGAUUAUAAAUGCUGCAUCAUUAACAGGACAUUUCUGUAAAAUACGUAUUGGUAGUUUAUGUUCUCAAAGCACUUGGGACACGUGUGCCUGAAAAUAAUAGAGCUUGAUUGAAAAAUAUGAUCUUAAUUUUGGCCAUGAACCAAUUGAUUUCCUUAGCUUAAUCUGCUGACCAUCUACUCAGUCCCUGCAGUGACUGAUUCCACUUGCUCUCAGUCUUGAAGGGCAGAAACCCUUUAUAGAAAAUAUACCAUGUUUCAUUGACAUCCACACUACCCUAGGUUCCCUUCCUAGCCAAGGGCGUACCAUUACAUUUUCUGGAAAUUGAUGGUUCCAAGAAUACAACAGUAAGCUCCCCUAAGUAAGUAUAUGGGAAGUAUCCACAAUCACUCAAUGAGGACUUGUACAUUUAGCUAUGCAUAUUCAUGGGAAGUGGUGAAGGUCUUCUUUUGCUCAACAUGGGAGGGCGCAUGAAUAGGAGAGUGCUAGCACCUGUUGUCCAAACAGAAAAGAAGAUUGCCCCUUGUGCUAGUGGAUUACAAGAGCAUUUUUGGAAUGGUAUUUAUAUGGGUCAGCUGAUAGCUUCAGCAUAGUUCUAGUGAGGAAGGAUCUAUUUACAGUCCACUGUUUUCCUUUACAGAAUCUGUUCUACUUCAGGUUCGUGGUAUCCACGGGAAGAUUUUGAAUGCAACGAACCUUCUACGGCCUAUAGCCUCCAAAGAUGAGAUAUUAGCCACUGAAAACCACACUUUAGAAACCUUCUACCCUGUUUUGCCUACAAUUGACCUUCAAGAAGUUAAUGCAUAUGACAUAAAAAAUGAUACAGGUAAAUUUCCUAGAGUUUGGAGGAUUAAGAAAAAAAAAUCAUUUUCACAGAAGUUAAUUUGUUAUGGAUGAGAUUGUAUCAGAUGGCAUAUGUGAGAAUAGGGGGUUGUAGUCAAUACACUAAAAUGUCAGGUUUCUUAAUUGCACUUUAGAAAUUGUCUUCUUCUUGAGCAAUGAGUUGUGAAAUAGUUCUAACUAUCACCUGAUUUGUGCUUUAGGUUUCCGAGAAGGGUACCCAUAUCCUUAUCCUCACACUGUGUACAUUGCUCAGUAUGACAGCGUACGUAAAAUGAGGCCACCACAGCUUCAGGCGAAAAUGAUAAUGUUUGCUUUUGGGAAUGCUCUGGCCAAAGCAAAGGAGCUAUAUGGGGUGAGUAUUAAGAUUUUUGUAGAAAAACUAUGGCAUAUGCUGUCCAAAUUAGGAGAUGGCAGUUAGUUGCUUCUAUUCAUCCAAUCAUUCCAUUAAUGGUCACCACGCUAGCUGCUGUUCCUAACUUAGAGGCAAAGGUUUUCUGAAGCUCCUUCUGUGCUUUGCUCUCUAACCUUCCAUGGCCAAGUCCACAUGGGAGCUUGGUGUGUUUCUGAGUUGGUGUUUUGGCAGUGCUAGGACACUGUGGUAUUGUGAUCCAUAAGUUGCAUUAAAACCCCCCCUAAAAAGCUGGCACUUUCCAUUUCUGCUGUGCACAGGGAGUGUGGGAUUGUUGGGGACUGACUAUGAUAUAGGAAAACAAAUUCUUGUUGCUAAAUUGGAUGGUCCUUGUCAUCCAGGAGUCUAGCUGAAAAGCCUUGGUUGAAUUCUAGGUCAGUUGUGGGCGUCAUGGUACUCUAUUCAACAUGAGUUUCUCAUAUAAAAUACUGAAUAAAUAAUAGUCUGGUAAAUGUCUGGUACCUGAACAGAAGAGGAAAAAAGCCCAAUGGGAUUGAAGCAGCUUUUGUAGCUGAUAGUUGGAAUUUGAACUUAUGGGCAUGGAGAGCUGUCACAGAUUGUCCUCAAGUCCUGCAGCUUUUGUUGAGGUUUGGCUUGGCCUCUGGCAAACUCUCCAAGUAGGUGCCACUUCUUUCCCCAAACUAAAAUCAGACAUAAUUGUAGUUCUCUGUCCUGCCAUCCUGUCUUAUCAACUCAAAAUGUUUUCCUGGCCAGAUGUUUGCGCUGCUGUCUAGCAUCUUUCUACCAUCCAUUGUGACCCUUUCCUGCGCUACCUUCUAUCCCCAGUUAUCCACAUGUGGACAGACAACUUUACAUGUUUUCAAGUGCAUUCGGGUGGCAAAGCUUAAGAGUAAAUCAGGGAUGGGGAAUCUGUGGCCCUUCAAGGGUGGUUGGACUCCACUGAUAAGGAUGAUGGGAAUUGCAGUGCAACUGCACCUGGAGGGCCACAAGUUAACCACCUCUGAUACAGCCACACACCAUUCACGGUUUCAUCCAGUUAUAAAAUAGGCAGUAUUCUUCUUUUUAAUACUGUACAGCAUUUCUCUUGACCAACAGAGCUUAUCCUAUGGCUUCUAAUUUCACACUUCCCUCUCAUGCCGAUUUCCAGGAUGAGCCCAGGGUCCUAGAGAACCCCAUUGUUGUGCAGACUGUGGCUACAGAUGGCCAAUGCUUCCAUUUCCUGGUGUUCCAGUUGAAUACAACAGAUCUAGACUCUAGCAAUGGUGUCAAAAACCUGGCCUGGAUGGAUGCAGAUCAUCUUCUGUAUGAGGAUUUCAGGAGUCGUCCAGUAAUCAAGAAGAAAGUUGUCCGGGUAUGUUGAUGAAGGUAGAAUGACUUGCUGCCACAGGAACUCUGUCUAGCUUUAUAGUUUAGACAGAAAAGCUUGGAGACUAAAAGAACCUGAACCGUUAGAGGCAACAUAUUAAUUCUCUGAAACUAGAAUAGGGGGCAUCAUGAACAUCAUUAAGUUAGACUCUCAGUAGCACUGAGCUGCAUCAUGCCCAGCACCCAUGUGAUUACUUAAGAGUGCAUUACAAGCAGAAAUGACCAGUGUGCACGUAAAAGUACACGUAACAUCAUAACAGGCAUGCACAGAUGCCUUAACAAUAAUGCCAUACUCAAGUGCAUGUUGGCUGAUUAGAGCCUGGUUCUGACAACAUCUCUUCAGGAUAUCCAAAAAUUAAAAAAAAACAAAAAAAACCUUAAGUUGUUUAAAUCCUUUUUAUAUCCUCUUCAAGAAAUUGCUUACUUUCCUUUGUUUCAGGGAAGGGACAGGAUGAGAAUAAACUUAGGAUGGUGUUUGAGCACAGUGAAAUGUAUUGCUGUAUUAAUGUGUAUGAUAAGACACUGAAAAUCCAAAUUUUCCCCCCUACAGAUUCCAGCUGGAAUACAUGGCUAUCAACCAGACACAUUCAAGAAGUUCCUGGCAUUGUACUUGCAUGGUGUCGCGUGA